GUCUGUUCGCGGUGGCUGCUCACGAAUUCGGCCAUUCCCUGGGAUUGGCGCACAGCUCGGUCCAAGGUGCUCUCAUGUAUCCCUGGUACCAAGGACUGAGCCCCAACUACGAGUUGCCGGAGGACGAUCGCCAUGGGAUUCAGCAGAUGUACGGAGCUCCUGAAGGCAAACUGUGGGGCAAUAUACCAGGUGGACCACUGCCACCAGAGCAACCACCACCGCCACCCCCUACAACUACAACGACGACGACAACGACAUAUAGGCCUUGGAGGACGAGACCCACCAGGCCCAAUCACUAUCCGGACGACGGCAGGCCUCGACAACCGGGUCGUUACCCACAGAAACCCGACUAUCGGCCGCACAAACCCCAUCGACAUCAUACGACAUGGUCGACGACGACGACGACAACGACAACGAUGAGGCCCACGCCAAGGUUUAGACAUCGAUGGACUCCACCACAGCGAGAAGACGUGCCCGACAAGUGCGACACAAGCUACGACGCCAUCAGCAUCAUCCGCAGAGAGGUUUUCGUCUUCAAAGGACGAUAUCUAUGGCGAAUAGGCGAUCACGGGAUCUAUGAAGGAUAUCCGGCGGAGAUCACGAGGUUAUUCAAUCUGCCAUCAGGAAUCGAUCAUGUGGACGCUGUGUAUGAGCGACCGGAUAAGAAAAUAGUCUUCUUCAUUGGUCGCGAGUACUACGUCUUCAAUGCCAACAAUCUGGAACCGGGUUAUCCAAAACCACUUACAUAUCUGGGGUUGCCAGCUUCCUUGGAGAAGAUUGACGGCGCCAUGGUGUGGGGCCAUAAUGGCAGGACCUACUUCUUCAGUGGCUCCAUGUAUUGGAGGUUCGACGAAUCUGUUAAUUAUGUGGAACUCGAUUAUCCCAGAGAUAUGAGCAUGUUCGCCGGCGUUGGCAAUGACAUCGAUGCCGUUUUUCAAUGGAAAAAUGGUAAGACAUACUUCUUCAAAGGCAAGGGUUUCUGGGAAUUUGACGAUCUCAGAAUGAGGGUUGCGCACGAAAAACAAAAAUUGUCGGCGCCGGUCUGGAUGGGUUGUUCGCCACCGGAAGUGGAGACUAACGACAUCGAGACUAACCUACCUAGGAAAUCGAGCAUUGUCUCGGCUUCCGCCACUGUCGCUACGGGAGAAAUCACAUCGAUAUUUGUCAUGAUCGUAGCGAGUUUCGUCAUGAGGAUAAUAUACGUGUAAAAAUAGAGAUUAUAUAACGUACAUGUCCCUUCCAACUGAUGAUAUGCAACGCAAAGCAUUUUGUACCUCAUAUAUGGGAAUUUCUCGUGCGAAAUACGAAUACCAGAAAGUCAACCGGAUUCUUAAAGCGUGGACGUCGACAGAUCGGCAAACACCGGAGAUGGAAGACCAACUGUUCGUAUAUAUCGGUUGGAGUUUCAAAGGAAUGCCUGCGGCACGGAUGGAUCACAGCUAUCGGAAUCGAUCUCGUCAUUGAGCCUUCCGAUGGAGAGAUCGCGAUAGCAGUACAAACGAAGUUCCAAGAAUGAUAUCGAACUAAGUCACGAAGCUACGUUUU